CAAGAAGGAUAAGCCCGACCGCUCAGUAUGGACAAAAUCAAGAGUUACGGCACGGGAUAUUCAGGAGGAGGAGGAGGAGGAGGAGGUAAGGCACAGGCAGACAGACUACUGCGGCCCUCGUCACAUUUUUUUUUUUCCGCCUGCCCCGAUGCGAUGCGCGACAAACGGCGCACUGCUACCGUUUCCACGGAAAUCCUCCAGCCAACUGCGUUUUUGCGCCUGGUGUUGCCGUCCGAGAGUUGUAGACCGAAGCGGCACAAAUUUUCUGUCGAGUCUGUGCUUGCUUGCUUGCUUGCUUGCUUGCUUCUUUUCUCCCAUUGGUAUAUACCUACCUACCUCCCUACCCGUUGGCGAGGCCAGGCGCGAUCGUCAUCCACUUCCACGGGUGUGCGUGUAUGUAUGUAUGUAUGUUUUUGCCCGGCUGCCGUUUGCAGAGAAGCACAUCUUAAACAUUUGCCCCGAUGGAUGGCCACUUCGGCAGCGGCCGUCCGCGUCGCGGUAGGCAAAAACAAAACAAAAAACAAAGGCUUUUCCCAUCUACAUCCUCACCGCCGGUCGAGGGAAAGGGAUUGGGUUUGGUUUUGGUUUGUUCUUCAUAUUCCUAACGUAGGUAGUAAAGAAGAAAAGGCCCCCCUUUUCCCGUAUGCUAUGUUAUGUAGGUAUUUACCCUGCAGUCAGUCAGUGUGCAACUCAUAUAUGUAUAUAUAUAUAUAUAUAUAUCUCCAUCCGUCUGCCUCUAGCGGGAUCGAAACCCCCGUUGAGAGAGAGGGGGGCGACGGAAGAAGAUCUGGGGACGAGACUCGAAAAGUAGGAGGUAGUAUGUAGAGCAUUACUGUAUGUAUGUAUGUAUGAAAGAAAGGAAAGGUGCAAUUUAAUAGCAAAAGGUCGCGGGCGCUUAACUGGACCCGCAAACAGCCAAUAGCGAGCCGAGAGCCGAGUUCGAACCGCUGCAUGACACACCCCAUGGCCCCCCUUAAAAGCUAAGGCUAAGGUCGAGCCAAUGGGGUCGCGACCUCGGGCGAUGGAUCCAGCGCUUAAAGAAGAUUGCGCGCCGGCUGUGGCAGUUGAAAGUUUCUGUCCCAGUUUCGAAAGGGCGAACGCUAACACAAAAGCGAACUAGUCCACUUUCUACUCUUAUG